GCCAGGGUUCCUUGGCUGCAGGCAUGCUUUGACUCCGAACCUGUUGUGGAGCGGAUCGGGCGGGUCGGCAGCCACAAAGAUGGGCGGGCUGGCGCUCCUGAAACCCACCGGCCUUCAUCUCCCAUCAACUCUCCGAUAGACCCGCGCCUUCGAUCGCCUCAGGAUGAGCUGGAGAGGAUUCAAGAAGGCCGUCAACCGAGCGGCCACGAGCGUCAUGCAGUCGGCUGGCGCAAUCGAAAAGACGGUUGAUAGGGACUAUGAGGAAGAAGAAAAGAGGUUCAAAAACUUCGAAGCCAAGAUCGAGCGGCUCCACAAGGACUCAAAAGGCUAUCUGGAUUCGGUGCGAGCAAUGACCCUGGCGCAACAGCGGCUCGCCGAGACGCUCGAAACCUUCCAGGAUCAAUCGUCGCCUCUGGCGCCGGCAUGCCUGCGAUACAAGGAUGCCAUGAGAAGGAUCGACGAGGAGAGCCGGAGCGAGUUGGAUGCCGCUUAUAGGAAAACCGUGCUCGAUCCCAUCGGGCGCCUUGUCGGCACCUUCCCAGAAUACAACGAUGCCAUCAAGCGUCGACAGAAGAAGCUUCUCGAUUAUGAUCGCGUAUCGCACGAAGUGCGAAAGAUGGUCGAGAAUCCAUCGGCCGAUGCCACGCGUGUGCCCAAGGCCCAGGAGGAGGGAUUACAGGCGCGCGAUGCAUAUGAGCAAAUCAACCAGCAGCUCAUCGAAGAUAUCCCAAAGCUGCUUGACCUGAGGAUUCCGUAUCUGGAUCCGUCUCUCGAGGCCAUGAUCAAGAGCCAGCUGCGGUUCAACGAGUCGGUGUGCACCAAACUCGAGAGCGUCCAACUCGACAGCCACGACACCAAUGUCGAUGAAUGGGAGCAGGAGAUCCAGUAUGCCAUCCAGCAGAUGCGCGAGCUGACGAUCUGCCGAAGUAUGCAGGGCCAGGCCUAGUUGCGCCGCUCCGAUGCAGGAGUACCGUCCUCUUCAGUGGCUCUGCGGUGAAAGUUAAACAUGCAGCAUAAUUCCAAUAUCGAUCUCGCUGUGGCCGCUGCGGUGCUUUCGCCAUCAAUGACACCCGAUGGCUUACUUCGUGUGUGCCGAAGGUUGGGAUGUGAAGCGAGCCGCUGCUUCCUGCUUCUGGAGCCACACCGUGCAGGCCCACUUGGAUGCUUCUGCCUCCUCUCGCGCGGACAAAUGUCGCUGUGCACGAGGGCCUCCCAGGGCAUCACCCA